AUGCGAUGGCCGCCAUGGUCCCCAGAAUUGCAACUCCCCGGCGGCAACAAUGACGAUUCCAAAGACCACAACCACCACCAACAACAACGAAGCGCUUUUACCACCACAAUAACCAAUGCACUGAACUCACUCACCUGGUCCUCCUUUACAAGCCCACAGACUCUCAUCCCAACCGCAAUUCUCACAUCAGCGAUCUUAUCCGCUGCACGCUUCCAUCGGCGCUACCUCCGCCGCUUCCCCGAUGCGACGAGCAUCCCGACAGCCUACUUUCGACGCCGGAGUAUCUUCGGAAAGGUGACGAGCGUCGGUGAUGGAGAUAACUUUCGGGUCUUUCAUACUCCUGGUGGGAGACUUGCGGGGUGGGGGUGGAUGCCCUGGAAGAGGGUGCCACGGGGGAAGAAGGAGUUGAGGGAUAAUACUAUUCACAUUCGCCUAGCUGGCGUUGACGCGCCGGAACUCGCACACUUUGGACGCCCCGAGCAGCCGUUUGCCCGUGACGCGCACGAAUGGCUUACGUCGUACCUUUUGAACAAGCGCGUGCGCGCUUAUGUGCACCGACCGGAUCAGUAUCAACGCGCUGUAGCAACAGUGUACAUCCGACGAGCGUUUGAUUUCCCAAUACCGUUUCGUCGGCGGGAUGUUUCCUAUGAGAUGCUGCGGCGGGGGCUGGCGACGGUCUAUGAGGCCAAGUCGGGCGCCGAAUUUGGUGGUAAGACGACGGAAGAGAAAUACAAAAGCGCAGAAUGGUGGGCGAAGAUGCGGGGCAAUGGGAUGUGGAAGGGAUUCCGUCAAAAUAAGGAGUGGGAGAGCCCCAGGGAGUAUAAAACUCGAAUGGGAGCGACGGAGCUGGUGAAUGGUAAAGAUGCUAAAAAGUAG